AUGGAAAUUGCAACGAUAGAUAAUAAUAGUUAUAAAAGCGAUAGUAACAAUUUGGAUAAUAAUGAAAAUAACAAUGAAAACGGUGAUGGUACAACUUUUUCUUUAUCAUCAUCAGCAAUAUAUAAUUUAUCAUGGGAUUGUGCAAAUAAUUCCACAUGUAUACAAAAUAUUGCCCGAAACCUAAUAAAUAAUUAUGAAAAUGGUCAAAGUAUUGAUUUUGGAUUAUUUAGUAUUGAAAGAUUAGCAAAAAUGUCAAAUAAUAACAAUAAUAAUAAUGAUGAUAAAGAAAAGGAUACAGAAGGACGUUCAUUAUCAACAAUACAAAAAUUUAUAGAAGGGAAUGCAAUUAGAAUUCCAAUUGGACCAAUGGUAUUUAGUUUACAACGAUCAGAUGAUGAUCCGGAUUAUAUGGAAUUAGCUCUUUUGAAAAGAGUUAAUGAAAAAGAAGAAGCUUCGCUUAAAGGACGUGGCCGAGGAGGUAUUGGUGGAAUUUUCAAAAAGAAACGCGGACAUAAAGAAAAGAAACAUUUGCAAGUAUUUAUUCCUAUGUAUUUAGCAGCAAAUACAUUCGGAUGGACAUUAUUAGCUGUUAAAGCAGUUGGAGUUUUAACAAUAAAAGCCCUUAUUGUUUCAAAAUUAGCAUUUUUAAUAGCAACCGGUAUUAUUGUAAAAAAAAUGAUGGAUUCAGCUCAACAAAAAAUGUUAUUCCCACAUCAUCAUCCGUAUUUAAUGCCAUAUAAUAUGGAUUAUGGUUUACAAGCUCAUUCAAUGCCAGGUGCUGAAGAAUAUUUAAAUUUACAUUUAGCAAAUCAUCAAGCUUUAGAGAAUAUGGCUGCUGCUGAAACAAAUCAUGUUGUACAUGCAAUUCAAGGAAAUUCAACACAACCACAACUUUUAGCUGUAUCAGCUAUAAAUGGUAAUCCAAAUACACCAAAAAUUAAAAGAAGUGAUCAAUGGUCUGGUGUACAUCCUAGCCGACCAUCAUCUCAAACAUUUUAUAAUUAUCUUACAAAAACUCCACCAGCCUCACCAUAUGUAUACCAAAAAUAA